UUUUGACAGGAACCUCUAACAUUCGUCUUCGCACACUUCCCGCUGGUGACGAGCCUAGCUAGGGGAGAGGAUCGCUCGAAGAAGGCACAGCACGUUUGACGCAGCAAAGUAGAGUUUAACCUCGACGAUUAAGUGGCAACUCGAAGGAAGGAAAGCGAACGGAUAUCACCAGCAACUUGCCAUCAUCUAUUCUCUCCCCUGGCUCGCCUUUGUGCUAAAAAAUAAUUCCAGUCAUCAUAUCAUUAAAUCACCCAGUGCCUCAUACAAAAACUCCCUUUCCAUCAUCACCAGGGCAAAAACAACCAAAACACACCAGCAAGUAAGCAGCUUCCCCAUUCAUUAGGCCACUCCGCACGCUCGCACACACACUCUACCUGACACCACCAUGGCCUCCAUCACCAAGUUGUCCGAGCCGGAGAUCGCGGACAACCACAGAGACAGCUGGGUUGCGCUCCUGGCUGCCGCCGACGCGUACUGCCAAAAAUCGGGCUGUGAGCUGGCCAUCCUCACGGCCUGCAAGAAGUUCCGCUCCUCGGUGCCGGAAACGGACGCCGCCAAGAAGAAGAAGUGGGAAAGCGGCGGCGGCUUUCCCAGGGACUGCCAGUUUUCGUACAGCGUUUGGGGUCAGGGCUUCCUGGCGGAGUCGGCGCGGCGCUACGUGGACGACAUUGGCGUGCUGCAUUCCACCACCCUGCUGACGGCGCAGAGGCACACGCGCCACACCGCCACCCAACUCACGUCAGAGGCUGAGCCCAGGGUGCAUCUGUGCGGUGACGGCGUGCCGGGCAGCGUCAGCCCCAACGGCAGACUCUACUCGCAGAACUACCCAUCCAUCUACAGCUCAGAAGGCGUCUCGGGCCAGGCCAACAACGGCGAGCGUGACAAGAACGCCUCAGAGGCCACCCAACAGGACGGGCAACGCUCGGGCAUCGUUGACCUUGAGGAAGAGUGCGAAGAGGAUGAGGACGACGAGGAAGAGGAGGACAUGGAAGGAAAGAGACCCUUUGGUAGCGAGAGCGCAGGCGUGUUCUCCAUGGACGAGGACUCGCUAUCCCGUGACUGCGAGCCCUUCUUUGAGUCUGACGGCGAAGAGGAGAGCACAGACGGCUCGUUGAGUGAGGAGGCUCCGCCGCCUUCGCGCGGCAUGGCCGUAGGCCAUCGCGGCAUGCACGCCUCGCGGAACGCCCACCCCAUGGCACUGGCCCGCUCACUGCCCGUCUCUGUACCCGUGUGGGGGUGUAAGGGGGGUCGGGCGGCACCCGGGGAAGGCAACAGCGGAGAACGGGUGGGGUGCGCUGACUUGGAGCACAUCGCCGCCAGCAUGAAGGCCCUUCUGGCGCCCGGGGCCACCGACGGGACAGAAAUGUUCGGGGCCCUGCCACGACCUCGCGUCAACACGGGUGACUUCUCGCUCAAGCACUGAGUGCGAGCGCGGGGGGGCGAGAGUCAUAUGCUGUGUGAAAACUGCGUGAAAAAAAUGCACCUCCAUUCAUCGCUCGCUAAUUCAAAGAGGUAAUGCAACACUAAAAAAAAUAAAUAAAAAUAGCCGACGUCGCACCUGGAGAGUUUGGAAAUGCUAUGCUCAUGUGCCGUAGCCACAAUGAGGGGCGCAAUGACUGUUUGUGUUCGGUUUUGGUCUUGAUUUGUCACACGUGUGUACCGCGUUAAUGCUACAUGCUAAAGGUUUUUGGGAGUGCACACAAGUGAGUAGAACUGUUUCAAGUUUUAAAUAAUUACAAUGAAAACACUAAAGCUAUGUUCACACCACAGCUAAAUUCCAGUUGUUUUUUCCCUUAUGUGCCCUGCAUUUGAUUUGAUUUGACUUUUUUCUUUGGGGCACGUCUGAACGCUCAAAUCUGGGUCACUUUAAUAAGUAAUCUGAAUGUUUACACAGAAAAAAAAUAUCUGAUUUCAUCUGAAAAUCCAAAUUGAUCAUUAAGUGCUGCAAAGUGAACGUAGCCAAAUUUUCGCUUUAACCGUGUUAGUGUUUUUUUUUUUUUUUUUUACUAUUACACAAAAAUGAUUUAAAAUAUUCAUCUUUUGUAACACACGAGUGCAUCUGUCAUUGUUGCUGCGGUUAGCGUGUGCUAGCAUGUUAGGACGGAUGACAUUGCAUGGUAACAACUACAAUAAUAGUUCCCAGUGCGUCAUCAGGCCCUCGCUUCGAAAGCAUUUGUUCUCCUUGAAGAUAAAAAUGUGAAAUGCUAAUGUUGAAAAUGUUGGCACACCAGCAGCACCUCCUGUAAUUCAUUGUUCAAACCAAACUUGCAUAUUUGCCUCUUUGUACUUUGCAAACCGGUGACUGACUCAUCCAAUGAUUGUACUUCAAAAUGUUUUUGUUAUUUCUUGGAAGUGAACGAAUGACUGAAACUGACAGAAGUGAGUGCAAAAGGUUCGGACUGAAUUUAACGUGAAAUGUCCAAGCGACAGUUGGCGGGAUGUUCUUCUUUUGUGUUUCAAAUAAAGGAGCAACACCAAGUGAGACAA